CCAUUCAGCACUGCUCAGACGGAGGCUGCAAGAGGUAGUGUGUGCCUGCGGCUUGCAGGGCCCUGGGUCUUCUGAGGUGAGAUCCCAGCCAUGCUGGGCCUCUACACAAUUGUGAUAGGGCUCCUGAUCCUUCUGCUCCUCCUGGGGAAUGUUUUCUUCCCCUACCUUUGGCUGGACUUGGUUUUCUUCUUCAACAUCCUUCAAACAGGAUACAAAUGCCACAGGUGCCUCAGCCGCAAACCUCCCAUCACCUUACUGGACUUCUUCUUGGCCAAAGUCCAGAAGCACCCAGAGAAGCCCCUGGUCCUCUUUGGAGACGAAACCUAUUCCUACCGAGAUAUCGACAGGCGCAGCAGUCAGCUGGCCAGAGUGCUCCGGGACCACGUAGGGCUGAAAGAAGGGGAAACGGUGGCUGUUUUCCUAAAGAACGUCCCUGCCUAUCUCUGGGUCUGGAUGGGACUGGAGAAGAUUGGCAGUGUCAUGGCGUGUAUCAACUAUAACAUCCGAGCCAAGUCUCUCUUGCAUGCCCUCAGCUCCUGCAAGGCCAAAGUGCUACUGACAACUCCAGAUUUCAAGGCUGCCAUUGAGGAUGUCCUUCCUGCUCUAAAGAAUGAAGGAGUCCAAGUUUUCUUCCUGAGUGAAGACUCCCCAACCGAGGGCGUGGAAGCUUUGCUGGGGCAGAUCCGGUCCAGCUCAGGCGAGCCUGUGCCCAUUUCCUUCAGAGCCAAAGUGACCCCUCAGUCAUCAUCCCUGUAUAUUUUCACCUCUGGGACCACAGGCAUGCCGAAAGCGGCUAUCAUCACCCAGUCGAAGCUGCUCAAAGUGUGCCAUAUGUUUCGCAUGUGCGGGGUCACACCUAAGGAUGUCAUCUACAUCCCGCUGCCGAUGUACCACUCAGCUGCCCUUCUUCUUGGGACGGGAGGGUGCCUGGAGGUUGGAUGCACAAUUGCCUUGAGGUCUAAGUUUUCUGUUUCCCAUUUCUGGGAUGACUGUAGGCGAUACCGUGUCACUGUGAUCCAGUAUGUUGGAGAAAUGAUGCGCUACCUCUGUAAUGCACCAAAGACAGACAGCGACCGAGACCACUGCGUGCAACUGGCAAUAGGCAACGGCAUGCGUGUGGAGGUCUGGAAGGAGUUCCUGCGUCGAUUCAGACCCAUCCAAAUCCACGAAUUCUACGGCGCCACGGAGGGGAAUGUCGGAUUUAUUAACUACAUCGGGAAGGUUGGAGCCAUGGGAAAGACAAACUUCCUCCACAAGAAACUGGCAAAAUUCGAACUGGUCCAAUAUAACAUUGACCAGGAUGAGCCGGUGAGGGACGAGAAAGGAUAUUGCAUCCCAGUGGCCACAGGCGAGACAGGUUUACUGGUGGCCAAGAUCACUAGCCAUACCCCGUUCUCUGGCUACGCAGGAGACCAACAGAAGUCGGAGAAGAAGAUUCUCCGGGAUGUUUUUACCAAAGGAGACUGCUACUUCAACAGCGGCGACCUCCUGAUGCAAGACCAUGAUGGCUUUCUGUAUUUUCAGGACCGGGUAGGAGACACUUUCCGCUGGAAAGGGGAGAAUGUGGCCACCACAGAGGUUGAGACGACCUUGGCGAUGCUGGAGUCGGUUCAGGAAGCCAGUGUCUAUGGAGUGCCAGUGCCAGGACACGAAGGAAAGAUUGGGAUGGCAUCCAUAUGCCUGAAGAAUGGGCUGCCUUUUGAUGGAAAGGAGGUGUAUGCCCAUGCUAAGGACUGCUUGCCAAACUAUGCUAUACCUCGCUUCAUUCGCAUCCGGGACAUGCUGGAGACCACAGGCACUUUUAAGCAGCUCAAAAGUCAACUGGUGAAGGAAGGAUUUGACCCUGUCACUAUCAGGGACCCCCUCUUCUUCCUAGAUGACUCGGAAAAAAGUUACGUGCCAAUGACUCAGCAAAUCUUCAGUGCCAUUGCAGAGAAGAAACUGAAGCUGUGAAUGCCUCUUUAGCUGUCCUAGUAGCACAGGAAACCCAGGAACAGCUAGAGCACUGAACACUUCGGCUUCUGUCUGGGAAGGGCAUGCAUGCAUUUCCAUGAAUUCUUGAGAAUCCUGCACAAGUUAGUUUGGAGGACCUUUUUUUUUUUAAAGGAGUGCCUGGUUUUUCUUUUUCCCUGUAGACUUUGUCCUUCUGUGUUCACACAAUACAUUUGCUCUGCAAUGUAUAUAUUGCAAACUACGUACAUGAGGCUGUCACCGGGGUACUCUGCUCCCUAUACACUGGAAUUUCCUUCUUUUUUGGGGGCGUGUUAUUACACGUUUGCAUGUAGCUGUGCACACAUGUGCAAAUGUGGUCCAGGGAUUAAUGUUAACCUAUCCAAGAAGCAAUCUGGUGUUUGUUUUGUUUUUAAGAGAGGUGUCCUGAUCUUUGCCAGUUGCCACUUUUGUGUAUAUUGCAAGGAGACAUCUGUGUGUCAUUUGCAGAGAUCUUCCAGGCAAUAUGUUUGUGGAGCAUUCAAUUCGUUUUCGCAAAGUUUGUGCAGACAUCGCAUCAAACAAUUGCUAUUCUGCAGUUUCCAGUGCAUUUCCCUGUCACUUCCCUUACCAAAAGUUUGGGAUGUUUGUUUGUUUGUUUGUUUGUUUGAAGCAGGUUUGCUGCACAAGAUAAUCAAAUCUGCUUUAAUUGCACAACCUAAAUUUGCUGGUAUAGGAUGUUUAAAUGCUGCCACUUAAAUUCAGGUGAACCAGCCUCAGAAAGCACAGUGUGAUCUUCAUGCUUCUAGGCUGGAACCUCAUGAGGAAAUAUCACGUUGUCUUCUCAUUAGUUUGUGUUCUCCUUUUGUAUUUUUAUGUUGUGAACCACCUUGUGUACUUUGGAUGGAUUUAAUAAAUAAUAUUAAUGAUA